AUUUCAGUGGCUAAUUAAUAAACAAUUAACUCUUUGAAUCGGCUCCGAGAGGAACUUGUGUUCGCUCGCACCACAUUGAUAGAAGUCCACUGAACGGACAGCAGAUUUGAGAAAAAUCCACAAUCUAGAUAUCGCCGUCGAAAAAUGGCAUCGGGAUGGGGCAUAACGGGGAACAAAGGGAGGUGCUACGAUUUCUGGAUGGAUUUCAGCGAGUGCAUGUCCCGUUGCCGGGAGCCCAAGGACUGUGCUCUGCUCCGCGAAGAUUAUUUCGAGUGCCUUCACCACUCCAAAGAGGUCCGUUCUUUAUCUACUCUCUCCAAACCCCAAAUAUCGAUGUUAGUCUUAGGAUUUCAGCUAUAAUUGUAAAAUUUGUUUACAUUAGGGUUUUGUUAAAUUUUAAUUUGUUAGAUUUUAGCAUUAUUAUUUUUUCAAUUAGCGUAGCGAUGCGUUAAAUGAAAUGUAUUAAUUAGAUUAAUUGGUUGUUCCAAUUAGGGAUGUUUAGAAAUUAGAAUCACUGUGAUUUUAAAAGCUUUUAUUAUGAGGGAUUAAAUCAGAGUAUAAGUGUAACAUCGUUCAGGGCUAUAUCUGAUCUGUUUAUUAAUUUUA